CUCAGGGGUUGUCGAAAAGACGAUCGCGGCCUGUUCUAAAUUGACAGAAUAAAACACGGUCCCUGGGAUUGGUUUGCUGCUCGAAACGUCAGCCGGGUAGGCCUUGGCAGACCAAUAGCUGGAAAGAGUUAUAAAAUAUGCGCUGGAUUAUAAUAAUAAUAAAAAAAUGACACUCUGCAAUAGCCCGUGACGUCGGGUUAGGAAGGAGCUGUCGCCCUGCAAAAGCAGUGUAGUUGCAAGAGAAGCUUGGAGCCUUCGAGUUCCUCCUCAUUUCAUCCCUGCUGCAACACCUUAACUUUUCCAACAAAGUUGGCUCACUGUCGAUUUCAGUCCUCGUGGAUUAUCCCAAUCCCCACCCUCCAAACGCCCCUAUAUUCCGAAUGCAAGAAGUUUUUUUUUAAAGAAAUCAAUGCACCGCUAGCUUUGUGCGGCAAAGUUUCUGGCACGUGUUUCUUUUUCCCAAUGUAUUUUAAAAUGAUCUGAUGCUGUAGGGUAAAUAAGGAAAAGGGUUAGCUAAACCCCCACCCCUCGUCUACACACACACACACACACACACACACACACUGAUUAUCAACGUUUGUGAUUUUUGAACAGCUUAAUCGCAAACUCUCAUUGAAGUCCUAGGCGGUGAUGAAGACCCGCUCCUAACAAUUGUAGGGAACCGCGAUGGAAGGAUCCAGCGGCUCCAGUUUUGGAAUAGACACUAUAUUGUCCAACGGUUCCAGCAGCCCGGUGCUGGGGAACAGUGAUUUCCGUCACGGUGACACCAGGACUUCGGAUUUCCGAAAUCAAACCUCGCCGUCCCCGAGCUCAGAGAUCGACGCAGUGGGCACGGUCCCCCUCUCGCCGAUUUCCAUGGAACAACCAGAAGCACAUCUCAGCGCCGAGAGCCUGCGCCAUCAGCAACACCAGCAGCAGCAGCAGCAAAGUUUACAGCCGCCUCCUUUACCAUCACCACCACAGCAACAGCCACUAGCGGGAGGCAGCUCUGUCCCCAGGACUUCCACAUCUUCUUUCUUAAUUAAAGACAUUCUGGGAGACAGCAAACCGCUGGCAGCGUGCGCCCCUUACAGCACCAGCGUCUGCUCACCCCACACCCCCAAACCAGAGGGUGAGCCUUUCAGGCAAAAGACGGAACCCGAAGAGGGUAAAAAUCGGGACAAGCUAGACAAGCGAGAUGACGCUCAAAGCGACAGCCAUAAAUGCAACGGAACAAAAGAAGAAGGCGACCGAGAAAUAACGAGUAGCCGGGAAAGUCCGCCCGUGCGGGCAAAGAAGCCUCGGAAAGCGCGGACUGCGUUCUCUGAUCAUCAGCUGAAUCAGUUGGAGCGCAGCUUCGAGCGGCAGAAGUACCUGAGCGUACAGGACCGCAUGGAUUUGGCAGCGGCUCUGAACCUGACAGACACCCAGGUCAAAACCUGGUACCAGAACAGGAGGACGAAGUGGAAGCGGCAAACAGCUGUGGGACUGGAGCUCCUAGCAGAGGCCGGAAACUACUCCGCUUUGCAGAGAAUGUUCCCAUCUCCGUAUUUCUACCACCCUAGCCUGCUAACUAACAUGGACACAACGGCGGCGGCGGCCAUGUACAUGUACCGGACUCCACCGCCUCAUCCCGGGCUGCAGCGGCCGCUUGUGCCCAGGGUCCUGAUCCACGGGCUGGGACCGGCAGGGCAGCCCGCACUCAACCCCUUGCCCAAUCCUAUCCCCGGAACACCACACCCCCGGUGAAAAACAAAACCGAGGGAACAGCAGGAGGGUGAAAACUAACACAAAAAGACAUAGGACUGAAAAAGCCGCGAGAGGGACACAAAACGGACUCUGCCCUAACGUGAGAGAGAAGGGGAAUGGAGUUGAAACUUUUGCACUGAUUUCUCAUGACCUUUCUAUCUGAACGUGGCAUGCACCAGAAUAGUGGGAAGUGUAUAUUUCAAGGACUUGGGGGUGAUUUAUGCGUAUUUAUUGUUUGCCGUCUGAGAAAUCCGGGUUGGAAGCGUCUAAAACAUUAGUACAGUACAUACAAUUUUUUUUCCUCUCAUUUUCAU